AUGGCGUCGCAUAACUACUCGUGGUCAGUCAAUACAACUAUCGAACUAGGGUUGGUUAUGCAGGCUCAGAGACUUGCGACUGCUGGAUGCAUUGUCGUUACUACCGGGAUAUUCACAAAUAAGAUCCCGGGAGCUGCAGUUGCGACAUGGGUCACUGCCAUCACACUUGAUCUGCAACAUGGUUAA